ACACACACACACACACACGCGCGCGCACACUACGAAGAGCACGGAGCGACGCAAACGCUUUAUUUAUGACAUUCAGAAGUGUCACUGCCUGCUUUCUCUGCACCUGGCUUUCGUUUGUUUUGGUUUUUCGAUUCGGCCAAACUAAACCAUGGCAGUUUGUUAGGCGCUGCACUUGAAGAGCAAGUCCGUGUCAUUUUCUUGGCGGAUCGGAGGCACUGCGAUGCCCUCUGAUUUCACAUCGCUCUUUAGCGCGGAUAUCGACCUCGAUUCGCCCAAGUCCCUCUACUCCAAAGAAUCGGUAUAUGAUCUUCUUCCGAAAGAGCUGCAGCUGCCGUCUUCUAGAGAGCAGAACGCAGCCGCUAUGAGUCAAAAAAGUGGUGGAGAGGCAGGACCUCCGCCGCCGACGGCUGUCGCCACAGAUGCAUCGUCCGCCUCUUCUGCUAUGAGCAUGGGAAGUCCUCGCAGGGCUUUUCCCACCUCUUCCACCUCAGCUUCAGAGCGGCUCGCCGUGCAUGAAAGCAGCACCCAGGGAGAUGUUAGCAGUCGAAGAAAAGCAGAGGUUCUGGCUGCAGAAAACAAGCUUUCCGGUCGAGAAAAAGGUGGCCAGCAGACCCAGCAGCAACACCAGAUGACACCCUCCAAACGGCCUGUCCUCAACAUCUCGCCUCCACCCGAGGACCUGUUCGAUGAGAGCAACAUGUCCUGCCAGGAUGAGCUGCUUCUCGACUCGGAGCAGAGUAACAGCAUCUGGAUGGAAAACUCGGUGUCCAACUUCAGCAUUGUGAGCUCCAGCUCCUACAAUGACAACACUGAAGUGCCCCGCAAGGCCCGCAAGUGCACCCCGCGACAGAAGCCCGGGCCAAAGCCGGUCCCUGCUGAAGAGGCCAGCAUGGAUGUCUUUGAUGCAGAUAGUGCCAAAGGUCCACACUUUGUGCUCUCGCAACUUGGCCCAGACAGCAAGACCUGUUCCAAAGCAAGCUCUGAUGGACCACAAGCUUCUGGCCUUAAAGGUGGGAUACUGUCUUGUCAGUAUCCUCAGAAAAGUGAAGGGAAAGAACUGAAGAUUGUGGUGCAGCCUGAGACUCAGCAUAGAGCGCGUUACCUGACUGAAGGCAGCCGUGGGUCUGUGAAAGACCGAACACAGCAGGGUUUCCCUACUAUCAAGCUCGAGGGUGUGAAGGAGUCAGUGGUCCUGCAGAUUUUUGUGGGCAAUGAUGCUGGACGUGUAAAGCCCCAUGGCUUCUACCAGGCUUGCAGAGUUACAGGCCGUAACACAACCGCCUGUAGGGAAGUGGACAUCGAAGGCACCACUGUCAUCGAAGUGCCUCUGGAUCCCAGCAGCAAUAUGACUCUGGCUGUUGACUGCGUGGGGAUCCUAAAGCUCAGGAAUGCCGAUGUGGAGGCCCGUAUUGGGGUGGCUGGAUCUAAGAAGAAGAGCACCCGUGCCAGACUGGUGUUUCGAGUCAACAUCCCACGACCGGAUGGCUCUGUGCUCACGUUACAGACCUCUUCGUCUCCCAUACUGUGCACCCAGCCUGCAGGAGUACCUGAGAUUCUCAAGAAGAGCUUGCACAGCUGUUCGGUUAAAGGGGGGAGUGAAGUCUUUAUUAUUGGAAAAAACUUUCUCAAAGGAACCAAGGUCAUAUUUCAGGAGAAUGCUUCAGCAGACGAUAAAUCCUGGAAGGCAGAGGCUGACAUUGACAUGGAGUUUUUCCAUCAGAAUCACCUUAUUGUCAAAGUCCCUCCAUAUCAAAAUCCAGCUAUCACAUCUCCUGUAUCUGUUGGUAUCCAUGUUGUUACGAAUGCUGGACGUUCCCAUGAUGUUCAACCAUUUACAUACACUCCAGAGCCAGUUGUCGAUUCUUCUGUGAAAAAGGAAGUCUUGCCUCCAGUGACACCUUGUUGUUUUGAACAAAUGAAAGUAAUAGAUACUGCCUUGAUGACGCCAGUUUUGCCUCUUGUUAAACGAGAAGAGGUCACUCCAAUGGAGGUCUCCAGUAACCCCUCGGCCUUCAAGACCUCUGAAGUCAUCAGUUCAGCCCAGCAAGCCUUAGAGAUGAGUGCAGAGAUCUCCACCAAUAACUGCAAAUUUUCCAAUCCGCUGGCACACCAAACAAGAGAACAGGAUCAAUCUCAGAGCUCUGUCUUUUCCAGCAAAGAACCAUUCAGCACCAUCCAGGAACAGAGUCUUGCACCCAGUGGCUCUUUUCAUGUGCCUAAUAAAUCUCUCCUCCAGCAAGGAGUUCAGCCAUUCCUCUUGGAACACAGAGAGAGUCUUGGACAGGAGAGGACAGGCAACAGUGGCGGUUCAGUGGUGGGGCUCUCCCAGAUUGAUGACAACUCGCAGCAGCAGCUCUCACUUCUACCUCCAGAUGAGGUCGCACAACUGGAGCAGGCCGUAAGGCAGCUGCAAGCGAAGGGAUUCUGCAACAUCCAUCUCCAGAGUGAGAAUUCACUGUCAAAACAAAGACACCAUCAACUUCAACAGCAGCAGCAGCAAAUCCAACAACAGCAGCAGCAAAUCCAGCAGCAGCAACAGCAAAUCCAGCAACAGCAGCAGCACAUCCAGCAACAAGAGCAGCAAAUCCAGUUGCAGCAGCAGCAACACCAGCAGCAGCAAGCUUUGGAGAACCUUCAACAUCAGCUCUUUCAGCCCCAGGUUCAAAUCCAUUGUAGUUCAGAGCAGCAGAGCUCCUCCCAAGGUAUGGUUCAGAAUGGAAGCUCUCUCUUCCAGCAAACCCCAUCACAACAACAGCAGCAGCAGCAGCAGCAGCAACAAGCAUCCUUGUUUCAACAAGCAACUGACUUUCUUCAGCAGCAGCCCAGUCAUUCCUCGCCUUCUCUGUUUCACAACCCUACAGCCAUGACCGAAACCCAAAGCCCUCAGGAGGCUCUUUUCCACACACAGAAGACCUCACCCAAUCAGGAUCAGGUCCAAGCUUCGCUUUUCCAAAGCAGUCUCACGGUUCUCGGUGGGUCCAACGUGUCAGCGGAAGCUCAGCCCUCUGCGACCAAUAUGUUUCUUUCCCAAAAUGCCAUACCAGGUCAACUUGCUGUUAACGCCGGCCAGCCACAGCAACUGGCCUUUCUCACUUCUAUGCAGACAUCUUCUCUCGAGGCACCAUCUGUAUUUCAGACUCCACCCCAACUGUCCCCCAUUCAGCAAGGCACUCCAAUGGAGCAGCAACAAUCACCACAGCGAGCCCAACCUGGCUCCAUGUUCCAGAGCAUCUCCCAAUCACCAAGCAAACUCCCCCCUGGUCAGCAGCAGCAGGCUAGUCUACUCCUCGGAUCCUUAAGUUCUCCAGUGACACAAGAGCAAACCUCCAACCUGCUAUUCGGUGGCCAAGUCCAGAUAGGAUCAAUGAACAACAACAGCCUAGCUUCUCCAGAACAACAGAACACUUCCCUUCCCUUCUCUCAGGACGGCAUGGUUACAGUCAGGCAGCAGGAGUCGUCUGAACCCAUGACAUUUCAGGAUCAAACUACUAUGGUGGUCAACCCGUCCUCGAAUAAGCCCAUCUUCCAAGACCAGCAACCAAUGCAGUUGGCACCAAGUUCUGGUACAGCCCCUUCCCAGUCUGUAAACCUCUUCAUGGCCCAAUCCAGCAUGCAAGGGGGUAUGGCUUCUCAAGAACCCCUUUUUGCACCACAAAGUGAUGUAACCAGAAUUCAGACUAGCACUUCCUCUCCAGUACAACAGCCUUGUCAACUCUUUCAGACCACAAUGAGUGGAAGCCUCAACCAGCCCAAUCAGAAUCAGCAGCCAGACCUGUUCCUCUUUGAGAUUCAGAACGGUUAG